AUGCAUCGACUUCCUCCCACCCUUGUAAUCGAUGAGCCAUUUCUCGUGUUCACCAGUAGGCUCACGCAGAGGUUCGGAGGGCUGAUCGGGAAGGGUAUAGGGAUCGGUCUUUGCUGCGAUAUCGACGCCUUGGAUCAUGUUCGGAACUAUGUGGACAUACCUCGACACUCACAAUACGGCUGGCCGGCGCCGCGUUUCUUCCCUGAGUCUUCCUUAGUUGUCCACCCUUACGCCGCCCACGACCUCUACCCGAUCCCGAAUUCGCCAAUCCCACUCCCACUCCCGAUGGCUGAGGCGUCGAUCCCAGGCUACCGGCCGUCUGCCCCAAAUCUUGCCCAGUCGGGUAGCCUGCUCGCCCUAUCGCUAACAGCUGAGAAGCAUAUGGUGCAAGAGGUACAGAUGCGUCUGCUGCAGUACAAACAGACGAUCACGGCUGCGCGGUUGCUGCCGAAGCUUGAGUACGAGAUGUCAGGGCCAGUAUCGCACCGGGCGAGCUACACUGUCGAGUACCACAAGCCGUCACGGGCGUCGAUCGCGGAGUACAACGAUCUGCUGCAGAACAUCCAGCAGCACUCCCAGCCCUCUGACCAGCAGUACACGCCCUCCCGCCAGGCCCCACCCCCGCCAGACAAAGGCAGGCAGCGCAAUUCCCUAAUCAAGCCCCAGCCGUCGCGGAUGAGAAAGCAGAGUUUGCCGUCGAUGCGCGAGGAGGCCCAGAACCAGGCCCCGCCGUCGUCGCCCGCGCCGCCCAGGCCCUCGCGCGCCAACACCGCCAACCUGAACGACAUUUAUUCCUCCUCCUCCUCGUCCCCGGCACCCGGCUCGGGUCUUCCCGUGGACAGCCACAACUACUCGUACGAAGACACGAUAUCCUCGCCGUCGACCCAGUACUCGCUAUCCUCAGUCCCGCCGCCGCCACCACCGCCACCGCCGCCCCCAGCGCCACCAUCCAGUGCAGGCAGGUCACGCAGCGGCACGGGCACGACCAAGGGAAAGAAGGGCAUGCUCGGCUUUAUGUCUGAUUUCCUGACCACCACCAAACGGCCCGAGAUCAGCACGCCCUACGACCCCGUCCACCUCACACACGUCGGCUUCAACUCCAGCACCGGCGAGUUUACCGGUCUGCCCAAAGAAUGGCAGCAGCUGCUCCAAGACUCUGGCAUCUCCCGGCAAGACCAGGAGAAGAACCCGCUCGCGGUCAUGGAGAUCGUCAAGUUCUACCAGGAAGGCGGCGGUGAGAUCGACGUAUUCGACAAGAUGGGCCACGCUCCCCUGGCAUCCGGCUCGGGCUCGGCCGGCCCCACCCCGCCGACGCCCAGCACGCCCUUCAGCGCCGACCCGCGCCCCGCGCCCCCGCCGCCCAAAAAGCCCGCCGCGCCGCCUGCGGUUCAAGCGCCGUCGGCAUUCCGCGCCCCGCCCCCGGCGCCAUCGCCAUCAUCCCUCGACCGAUCCGUCUCCCAGCGCUCGGCGCCAAAGCCCCCACGCGACCCCGGCCUCUCGCGCGCCAACACGACCACGCGCGCCAGUCAGCAGGCGCCUAUCUCGCCUGCGCCCGCCAAAGUUGCGCCGCCCCAGACGAAGAGCACCAUGGCGUCUGCGCCGGUGCCGGACGUUGUCCCGCCCGGUGGCCAGCAGACCGCACCGCCCGCGCCCAAGACGCCCUCUACGGACCGUCGCGCGCCGCAGCCACCGCAAUCGCCCGCUGCGACGUCACUCGCGAAGACGAGCGGUGUGGCUACGCCGCGCAGGCGCGAGAAGAAGGAUAAAGAUCCCGCGCGCGAAGCGGACAUCGUUAAGCGCUUACAGGCGAUCUGCACCGACGCGGACCCGACGCGUCUGUACCGCAACCUGGUGAAGAUCGGACAGGGCGCCUCGGGCGGCGUGUUCACGGCGUACCAAGUGGGCACGAACCUGAGCGUGGCGAUCAAGCAGAUGGACCUGGACAAGCAGCCGAAGAAGGAUCUGAUCAUCAACGAGAUCCUCGUCAUGCGCGCGAGCCGGCACCCGAACAUUGUCAAUUACAUCGACAGCUUUUUGCAUCGGAACGAGCUGUGGGUUGUCAUGGAGUAUAUGGAGGGUGGCAGCUUGACGGAUGUGGUCACUGCUAAUCUUAUGACGGAGGGCCAGAUUGCGGCGGUUAGUAGGGAGACGGCGCAGGGGUUGCAGCAUCUCCAUAGGCAUGGCGUUAUUCAUCGCGAUAUCAAGAGCGACAAUGUGUUGCUUAGCAUGCAGGGCGAUAUUAAGCUCACCGACUUUGGUUUCUGUGCACAGAUCAGCGAUCCCGCCAACGCGAAGCGCACGACGAUGGUCGGCACGCCGUACUGGAUGGCUCCCGAAGUUGUUACGCGCAAGGAGUACGGGCCGAAAGUCGACAUCUGGUCGCUCGGCAUCAUGGCCAUCGAGAUGAUCGAAGGUGAACCGCCGUACCUGAACCAGAACCCGCUCAAGGCGCUCUACCUCAUCGCGACGAACGGCACGCCUCAGAUCGCGAACCCUGAGGCAUUGAGCCCUGUGUUCCGUGACUAUCUGGCGAGGACGCUUGAGGUCGACGCGGAGAAGAGGCCGGACGCCAGCACGCUGUUGAGGCACAAGUUCUUCGAGAGCGCAGAGCCGCUCCGUACGCUUGCGCCGUUGAUCAAGGCUGCGAGGGAUAUCGCCAAGAACCGAUGA